AAGUUUACUGUCAGAACGUCGCACUAAGUUACAUUUGACAGUACUUAUUAUUGGAGGUUUGGAAAGAAAGAUAUGCGUGUAUUUUAAAGGGGUCAGUGACGUUGACAACUGUUCUUGGUAUUGCUGACGUGUAGCUGAUCCACGUGAUGAGCCGCCCGCGGAGAGAACUACCCCUCCCAGGAGAUUCUGCCCCGGCAAUUCGCAGGCCUCUACCUGGCACUCCAGAUGAUGAUACUAACAGAGGUCCACCUCCACCACUUCCAUCAAGAGGGGGUGGGGCCUCCAGUGGACCCAGCCGAAAACCCCUUCCUACUCCCACUCCUCCAAGUAAGCUGCCUUCACGGAACCCGCUUGAUAGAGCAGAAGAAGCACACCCAGUGCCAGUACCUCGGCAAUCCCAACAUGGUCGCCUCCCACCACCACCACCCAGUAGGGGUCAUACUACACAUAUAAAAAAGCAAGAGUCUAUGACAUCAGAUGAUGGAGAAAUUUACAACGAGGCUGAUGUGGGUGAUGAUGUGGGUGAAGUUUAUGUGGACUGCGAACCUGAGUCUGAUCAGGAUGAAUAUGAUCAAUUUGAGUACCAGGAGGAUUCAGAAGAAGAGCAAGAAGAAUAUACAGAGUUUGAUGUGGGAGCUGAAGUGCAGGAAGAAAUUCAGGAGACCUAUGACGAAUUUGAAAUCCAGGCGGAGGAGCAGGAGACCUAUGAGAUAUCAGAUGAUGUCCCAGAUGAAGUUUAUCAAGAUUUGGAUGGGGCUGAAGAUAUCGCAAACCCUCCUCCUCCUCCCCCCUCAAGACCUAUCCCCCAACUUCCCAAAACUGCAUCUCCCGCACCCCCACCCCCACCUCCUCCACAAAGUAAGAGAGCCCCAAUAGAGAAGAAGGCAGCACUUCCCAAAGCUCCAGUUCCGAAAAAAGCAAGUGGCCUUGAUCUCAGUGAAGUUUUGAAGAAACGUGGAAAUCUGAGGAAAGUUGAAUCAGCAGACGAACGACCAAUCAGCUCCAAUGAUGUUAAGGAGUAUACCACUGGCAAUGACAUUCGCUCGACAUUUGAAAUGUUUAAACAAAAGGAGGAGGCAGAUGACUCCAGCCCACAAAUUUCUGUCUCUAACAAUAUCCGUGAUAGGAUGAAAAUGUUACAGACUAAUUUAUCUCCUCCCUCACAGCCAGUGAGAGUUACCCCGUCUUUACCAAUAAAACCUUUGAAUAUUCCAAGCCAACCUAUGAUGCCCCCUAGACCAGGCCCUCCCCCUCCUAAAACAGAUCGUCCAGAAAUACCCAAUAGAUUUGGCCGUUCACCAUCACCAGGGGUUCACAACAUCCAGUCACACACAAGAUUGGAUUCACCAGAACUUCCUCCUCCACCUAAACUGGAGGACUUUCAGCCCCCUCCUCCACCAAAAACAAAGGAUUCUUACACAAAAGUAGACCCAGGUACAAAACCCACUGGAGAUUCCGGUAAAAAUGCCCCCUUGGUUCCUAACGGCAACCAGAAUGACUGGCCUGAUGAAUAUGAUGAUGAUGAUGACGGUGAAAUUUAUGAUGACGUGGCUGCAGCAAUAGCAGAUCCUCUGGGUUGCUAUGCUUGGUACCAUGGUAACAUCGAGAGAGAUAAUGGAAAUAAAAUGCUCAAGAAAAUCAGUAAGGAUGGUUGUUUCCUGUUGAGAAAGAGUAGCGACGAAAAGAAAGCCAAGAUCCAGCCAUAUACCUUGAUGGUCUACUACAGCGGCUACAACUACAACCUCAAAGUACGCUUUCGGUCGGACCAAAAGUAUGCCCUGGGCGAGGAAAAAGCAGAUGAAGUGACAUUUGAAACAGUUCCAGAGCUGAUCAGUCACCACCAGAGUAAUGAGGUUAUUUUAGUGCACAAGUCAGGCAAACAGUACAGCACUCUCCUCACUGUGUCACCUUCCUGAUACUGAGAUUGGGUUCAUGAGAUUUUUUUUUAUUACAAAUAUGUACAUAGACUAUACAUAAAACACAAUGCUCUCAGUUACAACAUUUGAUUUGGUUCAUUUGACCUUCAGUUCUGUCCUUGAGAGAGAACAUAAUUUCACAAAACAAAUAACUUGUGCAUUAUAUAUAUUCAGACACAUUUUAGUAUGAAAGUUACAGUGUCCCAUACAAAUUGUCAUUGUAGGAAAGUGUCAAAUUUUAACUGAAAAGUACAUCGAUAAAUUGAAGUAAUUAGAAUUUGUGUUAAAGAAAGCUAAAGGAUCUACAAUAUUAAUGGAUGCAGUCAUCAUGCACUUAACCUUAUGCUUUAAGUUCCAGGUGCACUCUGAUUUAUGUUAAUACUACAGAAUUACUGUGUUUGUGUUCAUAUAUAUUUGUAUGUGCUUUUUAGUAGAGAUUGUUGAUAGUGUACGAAUGCCUAUGUAUAUAGAGCUGUCAUAGUUGUCAAUUGUAUUAUUUGCCACAUUAAGUGGCAACCUCAUAAGCAUAAUACAUUUAUGUAUCAUAUCAUACUGAAUUGUUUAUACUUAUUUUAGAGAUAUAUAUUUACACAUGCCAUGUAGAUUAAUUAAGCAUUCCUUUAUACAAUGUAUAACCAAAUGAGUAGAUUUGAUAUGAGAAAUUUAUCUAUGCAACAAGUUAAGCGAUAAUAUUACAGUGCUUUCUAUAUCCACAUAUAAAGCUUAUUGUAUCCAUAUAGUAUAGAGAUAGGGGCUACAGGAAAAAUCAAUUUCUUUGGUAACCUUCCUCCCAGUACAAAAUUCUGUGGUUCCAAAUUCUUUCUUCUGAGUAGUCUCCCUUGAUAACAACUGUAGUAUCCUGUAGUAUUCAAUAAUUUCUUCUGAGUAGUCUCCCCUGAUGACAACCUCACGUGGUUCUCAGUUAUUUCUUCUGAGUAGUCUCCCUUGAUAAUAACAUCUGAUGGUUCUAAUUCUUUCUCCUGAGUAGUCUCCCUUGAUAAUAACAUCUGACGGUUCUAAUUCUUUCUCCUGAGUAGUCUUGUGUAACCAUCCUAAACAGAAAAGGGUUAUACAUAUUUUACUAUAGUAAUCCCAUAGCCUUUAGACAACCUUUCCACCAUGCUAGACUCAAAUCUAAAAUGUUUUGUUGUUGUUGUUUUACAUUAACAAAUGUACCUUUACAACUGUUUUAUAUUAUUUACCUAUAAAGAUUUGUGGGAGAACUUGUUGUGUUGCCAACUCUACAAAAUCCUUUACUUUUGUGUUUUUCCACAAACGAAGUGUCAGUACUCUACAAUUAACCAAUGAUAGCAUUAGUUAAAUUUGAAUUCUUUAUAAGACAUUUCUACAAUACUGGAAUAAAAUUAAUCUAAAUGGGUUCAUGUUAUUAUGCAAAUAUCUUAGUUGGCUGUAGUUAAUGUUCUAACACCGUGCAAAAUCAACAGUAUUUCUCAUUCUGAAUUUUUUUUUAUAACUGUGUUAUUUUCACAGGGUCUUAUGUAGAAAACUUGAUAGCAUGUCUUCAUAUGAAAUAAAUGUUUGAUCAUGAAAUUAUUCUCAUACUUAGAUUCUAUCGUUCAUAAGCUGGUUUCCGAUUCUGAAUCUAUUUUUAGAAAUAUAAUAAGUAUAUUUAUCAGAGUUCUACAGGACAAGGUCACUACAGGACAAGGUCACUACAGGUACGAGUACUGCCUUAGUUAACAUGUUGUAUACCUAGGUUCCUACUACAUCUCUUUAAUUAUAAGAUGAUGAAAGCUGUCCAGUAAGCUGUUAUAAAGAUGUGACAACACCACAAAUAAGUGGGUGUCCUUGAAGAAUUAUGUAUCAAUGCCUUAGUGCUGCAGCCUGUAACUAUAUAUUAGAUAUAUGAUAAACUUUAGGGAACACAACCUUGUCCUUUGCACAUUUCAAAAUUUUCAGUUGUUCUGUGUGAUGUUUAACUUAAGAUACACAAAAGGUAUGUAUCCACAUGUUUUUAAUACCAUGUAGACAUUGUAUUAUUAGCAGAACUUGAUUUAAGACUGGAAAAGAUUCACUUGAAUACUCUAAUUAUUUACUAUCUUGUGACAUGUCCAUAUAUAGUAUUAAUUCAAAUACAUUCCAUGUAUACAUAAAACAAAAGUAUGCUUUUUGUGGAAGGGACAUAUAUAUCCAAAGAUACAUAUACAUUUUUAUGAAUUCAAAAGUUUCCACUUUCAUAUUAAGAUUCAAAUUCCAGUUAGUAAAUAAAAGUAUAUUUUUACAUAACAAAUCAAGAAAACUCCAUCAUGCCUGUAUAAUUUCAUUUCACAUAAAGCAGUUUUUAUUAUUAUAUAUUUAAAUUGUACACAAAUUUUUGUUGGUAGAUUGAUAUUUUCAUCUUAUGUGAGAAUAUUUUGAUACUAGAUUAAUUCCUAUAAAAACCUGUUUUAGACGACAUGUUUCUAACAAAUAGAUGUUACAUAGCUGAAGUCUACAGGAGUAACAUAUCAUCCUUCAUACUCCACAUCAUUAUGGUAAUGUACUUAAGCUUAAUGAUAUAUCAUUCACAUGUUUGAUUCUUGGUGCCAUUGUGUUAACUCAAGACACUUAAAGGUGUAUGCUUACCAUACACUUUAUACUCAUAACAAUUGUAAGAGUUUUCUCCCCUAAACCGUAUCAUUCAGUUUUUAAAAAUAAUUGAUACUUACUCAAUGUCAAUACACAUACUCCAGUGUAUGAUUCAGAAAAAUUAAAAGCUUAAAUUAAGAAAGUCCAAAAUGGUAUCAAACAAACAUCUUUGUUUAUGAUUUAAAUUUUAAGUUUAAAAAUGAUUCUGUUUGAAACAAAACUUUCUAUUGGUGUAAAAAAAUAAUGUAUGAAAGAACAUGACAACAGCAUAGUUUCUUGUUUCUGAGUUAUGCCUCCAUAAUCUACGAACAAUUAAUGAAAAUUUUAAUCCAAAAUGAUCAAGUCUGCUUGGAAGGUUUUGAUCAUACUACAAUAUUUGAAAUACAUUUCCUACUCUAUGCAUGUCUGGCUUAUAUAUCAUGUAACUGCUGCCAGACAUGAUCUAUAUCUGUAGGUAUGUUUGUUGUUUGUUAAUACUGACAGAUACCAGUCUACUGGCUGUUGAAUAUGUUAAUGUGGAUGGACUUCUAUUGUACUAUAUAGCUUGUUUUUGAGGGAUUCUUUAUCUCACUGACUUCAAAUUGGAAUAAAACUGUGAAAAGAAAGACGCUUUCAGAAAUAAAAUUAAUAAUGAAAACUUAAGUCUGUUUCACGAGUUCUGUGAAAAAAUACUCCAAAUUUUGGUGAAAAUGAAAAUUUUAUCAUCACAAAAAAGA